CAUACACGGAAGUCCGGCUCAUGAGAAAUGGCACCUCUCAGUGUGCGGGGCGAGUGGAGAUGAAUAUUUCUGGAGGAUGGAGACACUCUGUGCCUCCCACUGGACCAUGGCCAAUGCCAAUGUUGUGUGUCGUCAGCUCGGCUGUGGAGUCGCCCUCUCCACCCGAAGGGAGCAGAGGAGGUGAUCCGAUGUGGAAAGCCGAUUUCACUGCUCUGGGCUGAGUCCUUCUUGUGGCAUUGCCUGUGACUGCCCUGGGUGUUCCUGACUGUGCCCAUGGGAACACAGCCUCUGUGAUCUGCUCAGGAAACCAGACCCAGGGGCUGCCUCAGUGCAAUGACUCCCUGUCUGAACCAGCAGGCUCUGCAGCCUCAGAGGAGGGCACCGCCAACUGCUCAGACAGCAGACAGCUGCGCCUGGUGGAUGGAGGGAGUUACUGCUCAGGGAGAGUGGAGAUCCUUCGCCAGGGCUCCUGGGGCACCAUCUGUGAUGACAGCUGGGACCUGGACGAUGCACAUGUGGUGUGCAGGCAGCUAGGCUGUGGAGAAGCCCUCAGUGCCCCAGGGUCUGCUCACUUCGGGGCGGGCUCAGGACGCAUCUGGCUGGAUGACGUGAACUGUACAGGAAAGGAGUCCCACCUAUGGCAGUGCCCUUCCCGGGGCUGGGGGCAGCACAACUGCAGACACAAAGAGGACGCAGGGGUCAUCUGCUCAGAGUCCCUGGCCCUCAGGGUGGUGAGCGAGGACCAGGAGUGUGCCGGGUGGCUGGAAGUUUUCUACAACGGGACCUGGGGCGGUGUCUGCCGCAGCCCCAUGGAAGACAUCACCUUGUCCAUCAUCUGCAGGCAGCUUGGCUGUGGGGACAGUGGAACCCUUAACUCUUCGGUGGCUUUUAGGGAAGGUUCUAGACCCCGGUGGGUAGACUUAAUCCAGUGUCGGAAAACUGAUAGCUCUCUCUGGGUGUGUCCUUCUGACCCUUGGAAUUACAAUUCGUGCUAUCCAAAGGAGGAAGCCUAUGUCUCCUGUGCAGGAAGGAGACCCAAGAGCUGUCCAGCUGCUGUGCCCUGCACAGACAAAGAGAAGCUGCGACUCAGGGGAGGAAACAGCCUGUGCUCAGGGCGAGUGGAGGUGUGGCACAGCGGCUCCUGGGGCACAGUGUGUGAUGACUCCUGGAGCCUGGCAGAGGCCGAGGUGGUGUGUCAGCAGCUGGGCUGUGGCCAUGCCCUGGAAGCCCUGCGGGAUGCGGCAUUUGGCCCUGGAAGUGGGAGCAUCUGGCUGGACGAGGUGCAGUGCAGGGGCAGGGAGUCCUCCCUGUGGGACUGUGCUGCGGGGCCCUGGGGGCAGAGCGACUGCAAGCACGAGGAGGACGCUGGAGUGAGAUGCUCUGGCGAGAGGACAACAGUUCCCCCGACUCGUGGAAGCACCACUGCAGGCUCAGCUCCUGUCCUUGGCCUCUUCUCCCUUCCUGGGAUCCUCUGUAUCAUACUGGGGGCCCUUCUCUUCCUGGUCCUCGUUAUCCUGGGGAUUCAGCUACACAGAUGGAGAGCAGAGCACCAAGCCUUAUCUGCUUUUGAAGAUGCUGUCGAUGAAGGCUUGUACCAGGAGAUUGAUGACCUCGUAAAACCAGAGAAGGAGGACCUACUGGACAGCCCAGCAAGCCUGUCUGAUGACUCAGUGACUCGGCUGCCAUAUUACACAGGGGACACUGAGGAGGAUGGAGACCCUGAAUAUGCUCCAGAGCCUCGGGGAGAGCAUGUCAAUGCCACAGGAAAUGGUUACGAUGAUGUUGAAGAGUUACCUGUUCCUGAAAUUCCUUUCUCUCCUGGGAGGAGUGAGAAUUAUUUUUCCACAGAGGAUGGAGGUGGUAACAGGUAUUCCCAGACAGGCAUCUCUCUGCAGUCUCCUGGAGAAGCUGUCAACUCUAGCAUGGAAGAGAAAGAAUCCUCAUUGGUCCUGAGACGAGAAGAUCCUGGGUAUGACGAUGUUGAUCUUAGCAUCAUGUCAUGCCACUUUUUGAAGCAAGAGACACUUUGAAGAAACGUCCACAAUAUUGUUUCUCAAAUAAAUGAGAGUUUUGUUUUC